AUGCUUACCACUAUUGCAGAGCUCGAGAAAGUGAAACUGAAAGAUGAAGUAAACACAGCCAUCAAGUUUUCCACCAAAAUUGAUGGAUCUGUAGACACCAUGCAGCGUGACAAUAAGUUUCUGUUUCUAAAAUACAACUCUCCUGAUGACCCGUUAGAAAUUAAGACAAGUUUGUUGGUGUAACAGACUCUGCUGGCUUAGAAGAUUGUGUUCUUACAGGCUUAACAACAAUUGGAGUAGACAAACUUGUAAUAAAAAAAAAUAUGCUGGUGUUACUGCAGAUGGCGAAUCUGCUAAUACAGGACCUAAAUCUGGCUUGUGGAAGAGGUUAGAAGAUCAUGUAGAGCGAAAACUGAUGAACUUUUGGUGUGCUUGCCAUCGUUCUGACCUUGCAAUGGAAGAUAUGGAAGAAAGUGUUCCUGAGUUAAAAGUUUGGAAGUCAAAUCUAAUUUCCAUCCCAGAAUACUAUCACAAGUCUGUCGUCAGGACGAAAGAACUGAAAAAAGUUCUUCCUACCAUGAAGGCUUUCCCCACUUACCACAAUGUGCUGUUUUCCCAGCAUUUAAACAAUGUCUGUAUUGCUGUCCUUCAUAAUCAAAUUGGAUCCCUGCAGCACUGGGAUAAUGUUUCAAAAAGUAGGGAUUUUGAUACAAGGGAAAGAAAAUGUGCUGAUGGUUUCAUUAAGCUGUGGAAAAAGGAUGGAAUACAGUCAUAUAUCACUUCCAUUGUUUCUGAUUUAUGCUCUGUGUUUCAGAUCUUGCAGACGCACUUCCAGAAAGUUUGCAUUGUUCUUCCUGACAUCAUGAAGCACAGACACUCCUGACGCUCAGAUCUAUGUUAGGUACACCAUAUGCUGGUGGUUCGGAAGAACGUGGGUAAAAGAAACUGAUGAUCCCUUUGAUAUUGAUCGAUCUGGACAAUCUGCUGAGUCAUCGAGGCAAGCAAAGAGAACACACACCUUAAUUGAUGGUUAUCACCAGGGACGACCAUUUACUACCAUACGAAAUGAGAUUAUUAAUGCAGCCAUCAACUUCCUUGAGCAAAGAUUAGACAAUGAGCAAGAAGGCAUAAUGGAAAACAUUGUUGACAUCUGUGGUGCAAAAUCAAUAAAUGAGUUUGUUGUUGCCUCAAGACCACAACUCGAAUGCGCAGGUAUAGUUGGUGAUGAUGUGAAGGAAUUCACUGACACUGUUUUCGAGGUAUAUUUGACGAUCUGA